AUGCCUUCCAACCAGAAUCAGCGGCAGACCCGAUCGCAGACUAAGGCGAUUCGAGAGGCAAUGAAAGCUAACCUCCAAAUUGCAUCGUCCCAUACCUCUGAGAAUUGCGGUACACUCUUCGAGGCUACUUUCGUAGAGGCAAAUCGAGGUCAUGAAAAAGAUUGUCUUUCUUGUGAUCAACGGAAUGACGCUGAUAAAUUUAUGGUUCAGUGCAUGGGUUGCCAAGGAUGGGAACAUUUCAAGUGUGCCGGUGUGACUACUGCCAACGCCCACGAGAUAGCGUAUCGGUGCGUGAUGUGCAGGCCCCGGGUCCCUCCACCAGCACCUAGUUCAAUCACGGUUGAAUCUACGGCUAGCAGCUCUCGUCGAGCUCGCAUAGCUCGUGAUUUGGAACGGUUGGAAGAAGAGCGGAAGCUGCACGAAACAGCAGCCAAGGCGCAGUUGGAUCGUGAUAAAACUUAUCUCAACAAAAAAUAUAAACUGCUUGGACAGCAGGAUGAGGAAGAUGAAACGGAUAGUGCUCGGAAUAAACGCAGCAGUCAAGCUGGAUCCUGCAGAGUAACGGAUUGGAUGAAAGAACAGUCAGAAACCGUUGCAAGAUCCGAGCGGAACAUCGUGCCAAAGACGUCAGAAGCUGCCAAACCCGUGGAUUUCGGAAAAACAGUAGAGUUUACGCUAGUGAGCGAGCUGGGAGCCGCGAAAACGUCAACCCCAGUAAAUAAACCUGUCGUGAAUGAGGAGAAAACCCCCGCAGCAGUUGCUCUUGAUCUCGCUGGAUGGAUUGUGGAUUUAGAUCAUACGUCACUACAACGAACUACUGGUAGCAUUUCCAUAGGAGAGCGUCAGGACAUUGAGUCUGUUGAUACAGAUGAGGCUUCUAUGCAAAAUCCGAGUGCCUCUAAAUUCCCAAUGGUAGACAUACAACCCUUUCUACGCCUGCUAAAGGAUGUGGAAUCUAGCGAACAAAAAACUGGAGCCUAUCCGAAGCCUUCACAGCCAGAAUUCGAGAAGUGGCGGCUGGAAACCGAAAACCUUCGUCGUGUACAGAGUUUACAACAACAACAUGCCCAGGAAAACGAUAUUCGUCGAAAGCGAGAAAUCGAAUUGAUGAAUCAGCUGAAGUUGGUUGAACAACAACAUCGUGCGGAUGUGGAGAAAAUGCAGGAAAAGGAGGCGGAAUAUCGUAGACAAAUACGACGUCAGGAAGAGGAACGUAUCGAGUAUCGUAAACAAGCUGAGAAAGCAUUGGAAGAGCGUGAUCGUGAAUUGAGUCGAUUGCGUUUUGUUGAACAGGAACUUAUGAGUCGGCUGGAUCAACUUUCUCAGCAGUAUAAAAAUUUAUCGUCGGAAAUAAACAACGGACCCACACAGUUACAGAACUGUAAGGCCGCGGCAGGUAACAGUACCCUCCCCCAAAAUGUUGGACCAUCGAGUCUGAGAGGCAAUGCUAAAGAAGCCGUGAGCAGUUUCCUGUUGCACCCUUCGACGGUUCCUGAAGUGAUAGAGACGCUUAGAACUUUAUUUGGCCGACCAGAACAGAUCGUACAUCACAUGGUCAAUAAGGUACGCAGUACCCCAGCCCCGAAAGAACAUCGAUUAGAUAUGUUGCUGAACUUUGGAUUAGUUGUACAAAACAUGUGUAGCCAUCUCAAAGCCGUAGGUUUGGAAAACCAUUUGUCUGAUCCUACAUUGCUUAAAGAACUUGUCGACAAAUUACCACCUACAGCCCAAUUCAACUGGGCUAUGUAUCAGACACAGUUCUCUCACGUGAAUCUUAAUGAUUUUUCCAAAUACAUGCAGCACGUAACCACCGCUACUAGUCGCUUAGUAAUGAACGGCGGAAUAAGCAAUACAACAUCGAAAAGCAAAGGAAAGGAAUUUGUUCACACGCACACUGAAAUAGUCGAUGACUCUGAACAACCCGAAUCGAGUCAGACAGAACAGCUGAACUAUGUUGGAGUGAAAACAUGCGUCGCGUGUCAGAAGUCCGCUCACCCAUUGGAGAAAUGUUUCAAGUUCCAAAUAGAUGGCCGUGCAAAGGAGAAGUUUGUGGGAUAA